UGGUUGUUUAACAACAAGUUCAGUACGACGUAUACUGUUAAAUCGUCACUUCUUUGAACACUUCGGAUUCUUGAAAAUAAAUGUAAUCGGUUUUAAAUUUGUUUGUCGUUGAGGUUUUUGGUGUAUGAGAGUGCUUUGAUGAAUUGUGGGAUAAAGUGAAAUUGCUAUCAGUCAUGUUGCUUGCAAUGUCAGCACCCAGAAAACAUCAAAGACUAAGUGAUAAGGUAGUGCGAUUUCCUCAAAUCCCAGAGUGCGAUGUGGGAGGCGAUACAAUAGAUUUAGAUUCUCUCGAGGAAUAUCCAAGUUCCCAUAAUGAAGCAGAAAGAGAAAUCGUGAUCGAACCAGAUAACAACACAAAUCUUCAAUCAGUGAAACAUCUGAACUUAAACGGUUUAUGCAAUAGAAGACAAGAAACCGGUGUGUGUUACAACGAAGAAAUCGUUCUUACAGGGGAAUCCAUAGAGACCCUCAAUGAGCUUCAGGUACUCAGUUUACGCUCAAAUGGUAUUCAGAAUUUCCCGUGCAGCAUCCUUCAGCUUGUAACGUUGGUAACAUUGGAUUUAUCGGACAAUAAUUUGCUGACUUUACCACCGGAGAUAAAUCAACUGAGAAAUCUGCAAGAACUAGUGUUGGAUCAGAAUUUGUUGAGUGUCUUACCCGCGACUCUAUGGGACCUGAAGUUUUUGAAAAUUCUGAGGCUAGCGAACAACAGAUUGGCAGUACCGCCGGAUAAAGUACUAGAUAUGCGGACUCUUGUGCUCACGGAGCCAGAUGGAAAAACUGAAGACUCGAGAGGUCUAACAACAUUGAAUCUGAGAGGAAACAAGUUGAAAGGACAUAUCAUCUUGGGAAAUUAUGGCGUGAGAUUGAAAAGUUUGAUACUGUCUCAUCCACCAGUAGGCCUCAGACACUUGGAUAUAUCCUAUAAUGACCUGGAAAGUCUUCCUGACUGGUUGUCAAGCUGUAAAGAACUGGGAUCCCUCUUCGCCAGCAACAACUCCCUACUAUCAUUACCUGAUCAUUUAUUCUGCAAUGAAAUGCCAUUGCUACACACCCUUCAAUUGGCCUACAAUCAGUUACAGUACCUCCCCAUUCUACAGAAAAAGUUACCUGUUCAAGAAUUUUUUUUACAAAAUAAUAGUUUGUCCAGUAUCCCAGAAGACUUUUUCAAAUAUGUUCCAGAUAUCAGAGUACUGAAUCUUUCGAACAACCGACUAUGUGAUCUACCGAAACCGUUCGAGGUGCUACAGCUGGAAAAACUUUUUCUAACAGCCAACUGCCUGAAUGAUAAGUCUAUGGAGCGAUUGGCUCCGUAUCUGAAGAGCCUGAGAAUUCUACAUGCAGCAUAUAAUAAUUUGACCACUCUACCGGAAAACUGUGCUCUCUUCUGGUCGGAAUUAGAGGAACUGGUAGUUUCUGGUAACAAACUAUUGCGUCUUCCUGAGAACAUCGAUCACAUGAAGCACCUCUCAGUACUGAGAGUCCAUUCCAACUUACUGCAAUCGAUACCAAAGUUGUCUACACUCACAUCGUUGAGGGUAUUAGACUUAGCCCACAACCAGUUAGAUCGCGUUGAUCUUAACUCUCUCAUACCCCCCAAUUUGAAAUUCCUAGACUUGUCCUGCAAUAUAAAACUUCAUGUAGAUUCGCAGCAAUUCAACUUGUAUAGAACACAACGACCCAUGAGCCUGGUUGACGUUUCAGGAAAGAACAGAACCACUCUGCCCUUGUCGCCUUCUCUAUUCUGCGAUACUGACUUGACGGAAAAUUCUUGGGCAGUGGGAUUUUCCGAAACAGCCGGUUGCAAACAGAGACUGUACGUUACACAAAUUCGUUUGCCAAGUUUCUGCAACACUGAAGCUCUGCUGGGUAUGUUCGACGGCGAAGCCAACAACGAACUACCAUUUGGGAUGGAUAAAGCUGUCCCAAGGAUACUCUUGGAAGAAAGAACUGUUAAAGAAACCUCACACGAAUACAUGAAGUACACUAUGCUAUCCGCUCAUAGGGAACUGAAAGAGAAAGGGCAGAAGCAAGGGCUGAAUGCAAUCCUGGUACAUGUUCUCAAAUCGAAACAUACGGGAGAAUAUUCGUUCUGCGGAAACGUGAAGAAAUACGUCAUGAAAAUCGCUAGUGUUGGAGAUAUUAGAGUGGUACUCGGAAGGGCUUCUGGCCCGGUUCGUAUCCUGCCUCUGAAGCUCAGGAAACAAAUCAGAACAAAUCCCCAAAUUCAUUCGAACGUACCUGACCCAGAUAUCUCGGAACUGUAUUUGGAGGAACAGGACGAGUACCUCGUUAUCGCUAAUAAAAACUUGUGGGAGGUUAUAAGCCCGGAAAGCGGCAUCCGAGAAGUGGCGCUUCAACGGAACGUCAUUUUGGCAGCCAAACGACUACAAGAUUUGGCUCAGAGCUAUGGAGCCGAGGAAAACUUGAGCAUAAUAGUCGUGAAAUUCAACUUGCUGGGAAACGACGUUGAUUUGCUGAUGAGAGAACUGCGACAAACAUUCAGAAAGAACAAGUAUCAAAGUGAGAGUGCCACUUGUCAGCCGGGCUGCUGCUGUGAAGCCCUCAACAAGGAGUGUUUGAAUUGUUUGGAGCAAAUCCCUAUACCCCCGCCGAUGAUGAUGUGUGACGACAGAUCAUCACCGAGCGGCCAGAGUGAGAAUGCUUGCAGUGAUUGCAACUCAUCAGCGAAGGUUUAUAUAAACCAACUCAACAAACACAACGAAAACAGAUCAGUUCGAAGUGUUACUCCUUCUAUAUUCGAGUGUGCGGAAGUGAAAACUAGUCCUGAGAGAAGGAGUUAUAGAGGGGUUGCCAAAGCCUUACGUCAAAGAAGGGAGGAGGAGAAGAACAGAGAGGAUUCAGACUCGGCACUGUCUGAGGAACAGUUCAAAUGCUGGGAGUACAUGCUGGAGCAGAAUACUCAGCUACUUUUUGACAAAGAACUCGACACCCUGAAUAAAAACAUGAGGAAGAAGCCAUUCUCGAUUAAAACUCCCUCGUUAUCGAGGAGUUCCCCUCAAUUAGCCGAAACUAAUUCUAAUCCUCCGUCUACGUUUUUAUCCAAACAGUUCGGCAGUGCUAGGUCCUUCAAUCCUUUACUAUCAAAGUCAAAUUCGCGAUUUGGUUUAGAUAAAAAGCAAUUACUGGGCGGACCUAACGCUGCGUAUUUUGGAAGCUUGCAAAGGCUUAUGCCUUAUAAUUUGGAAUACGAUUUUGCUGUCAUGCACGAAAGGGGAUUAGCAGACUCCCUUGAUUUGGACAGGAUGCAACAGUACUGGGGAGUUACUACAACAGAGCUGUGAACUUAAUUCUCGUUUUUCAUGUUAGAAUUUUUCAGAAACAAGCCUUUCGAUGCUAAUGAACCUUGAUACCAAAUGUUAUUUUUUUUGAAUCUCUUUUUAUAAAUCUGCAUUAAGAUAACUGAUAUGAUGUACAUUGUUAUGAUUUCAAUAAACUUUGAAAAAAGAC